CCUCUAUUUAAUAAGUGCGUGCGUUGUGCUGUUUUAUUCGGCUUUUGGUUUCGUAAAAUUUAUGCAAAGAAUUGUGGUCAUUAAGUUAUAAUAAUCGUUCGGUUAAUUUGAGUUAAUGCAAAUGAUGCGUUGCGGUGAACAGUAAAACAUUUUUCAACAUUUUCUAUCAAAUUUUAUGGUUAUAAAAUGGAAUGUUCGGAAUUAUUGGGUUCAGCCAUUUCUUCAGGAGUCCGGGUAUCCACACCUGAUGAUCAAAAUAAAGAACAGAUUCUCCAAGCCAACUGUUCUAAGAAAAUGUCUAUGGAUGUGGAGGAAAAUGAUGAAGCCCACUUGGGCAGCAAUUUAUCUGGAUUCCGAUGGAAACGGGUCCUUAACCCAACAGGACCGCAGCCACGUCCUAGACAUGGGCAUCGCGCCAUAAACAUUAAGGAGCUAAUGGUUGUCUUUGGCGGUGGCAAUGAAGGAAUCGUUGAUGAAUUACACGUCUAUAACACUGUAACAAAUCAAUGGUAUGUUCCCGUGCUAAAAGGCGAUGUACCCAAUGGAUGCGCUGCUUAUGGAUUCGUUGUAGAGGGAACCCGCAUGUUUGUCUUCGGGGGCAUGAUAGAAUACGGAAAAUAUUCAAAUGAACUAUAUGAACUACAGGCAACUAAAUGGGAGUGGAGAAAAAUGUACCCAGAAUCACCGGACAGUGGGCUAUCGCCAUGCCCUCGCUUGGGUCACAGUUUUACAAUGGUUGGUGAAAAGAUAUUUCUGUUUGGCGGAUUAGCAAAUGAAUCUGAUGACCCAAAAAACAAUAUUCCAAAGUACUUAAAUGAUUUGUAUAUACUGGAUACUCGCGGAGUCCACAGUCAUAAUGGGAAAUGGAUAGUGCCAAAAACCUAUGGAGACAGUCCUCCGCCUCGGGAGUCUCACACAGGCAUUUCGUUUGCGAGUAAAAGAACUGGAAGCUUAAACCUUUUAAUUUACGGAGGAAUGAGUGGGUGCCGUUUGGGAGAUUUGUGGUUAUUGGAUACAGACUCAAUGACGUGGUCGAAGCCAAUAACUCUGGGCCAAACGCCAUUACCUCGCUCCUUACACAGUUCCACAAUGAUUGCAAAUAAAAUGUAUGUUUUCGGGGGCUGGGUUCCACUGGUAAUAAAUGAUUCCAAAUCAACGACAGAACGGGAAUGGAAGUGUACAAACACACUUGCAGUUCUUGAUUUGGAAACCAUGACGUGGGACAAUGUCACGUUAGACACUAUUGAGGAAAAUGUGCCGCGUGCUCGUGCUGGCCACUGUGCAGUUGGUAUUCAAAGUCGCCUUUACGUGUGGUCAGGACGGGAUGGUUAUCGCAAAGCAUGGAACAACCAGGUUAGGGUUUGCUGUAAGGACCUCUGGUAUCUGGAAGUUUCGAAGCCACUUUACGCGGUUAAAGUUGCAUUGGUUCGCGCAUCCACCCACGCCUUGGAACUCUCGUGGUCUGCAACCACAUUUGCUGGCGCCUACGUUUUGCAGAUCCAGAAAAUCGAGCAGACAACAACAAAUACAAGCUCGAAGCCUUUAAGCCACAACAUUAUGCCGCAAGGCGUAAAUACAGCUGCUGAAACUUCUGGGACAAGCGUGCAAGAAAAUUGUUCUGAAAGUUUAUUGAUUGGAGUAGAAGCUUCUUCAGACUUGAAAUUGGAAAAGAAUUUGCAGAGGAUCGGCAGUCCAGUGGAAACAAUCGUUCAACCAUCUGCGAACGAGCUAUUGCCGUCUAUUUCUUCGCCGCCAUCCCCAGCAUUACAUGUCCAAAGGAAACCUUUGGCUUCAGCUGGUUUGAGUACCUUAGCCACGGCCACGUCAUCAUCCGCUUCUGUACAGCCUCAAAUCAGUACUGCCGUUGCGUCCACUAGCAGUUCUGUGAGCAGCAUAUUGCAAAAGUUUCGGCCAGCUGUAACAGCUCUAAGGACAUCCACAACCACUACAGUAACGGGUGCUGGCAGUAUCGUUGAAUCUGAGGCUAUGCGAGCACCCAGUGCAAUAUCGGCUAACGUCGUUUUCAACUCUGUAGCCUCGAGUAAUGCGUUGCGUAUUGUACCCAGUGCGACCGCUUCGCACACAGUGCGUUUAGCUUCCGCUCAAUCGGUCGGCAGCAGUAGCAGCAACAGCUCUGCAGUGAAUAUAUUGAAAACAACAGCCCUUCCAACGGCUGCUGCGCAAUCUCAUGCUUCUGCACCAGCCACAGCAUCUAUCGGAGGCAAACAAUACUUUAUUCAAAAGCCGCUGACAUUGGCACCGAAUGUUCAGCUUCAGUUUGUCAAGACCAGCAGCGGUGGCAUGACUGUUCAAACUCUGCCUAAGGUUAACUUUAACGUAUCAAAGGGAAAUACUUCUCAUGCUAUUUCUAUGACCAACUCGCAGUUGGCUUCUGGCACUUCCCAAGCUCAGGGAUCUACAUUCACCGGCAAUCAACUUCAAAAACCGAUUGUUUCCGGAAACGUUCUGAAGCUGGUGUCUCCUCAUGCUAUGUCCAGUGGCAAAUUGAUUAUGAAGAACUCAAAUAUUUUACAAAUGGGCAAGGUAACGCCAAACAUGAUGGGAGGAAAGCCUGCUUUUGUCAUAACAAACAAACAGGGUGCGCCAUUGGGAAAUCAGCAGAUCAUCAUUGUCACCACUGGCAGCAGUGUGCGAACCGUUCCAGCCAGCACAGUGAUGACAACUGCUAGUGGCAGUGGCACUACAGCAGGCUCAAAUAUUGUAAGUCUAGUUAGCUCAACGUCAACAACAGCCAGUCCGCUGCAGCCAAUAGGUGGACAAAGAACCGUAGUGUCCAGCCAAAGUGGAAUCAAAAUGCUACGAAAUAUAUCAUCGGUACAAGCAUCGACAUCAGUAGCUCUUGGACAGAAGGCAAGCGGGGCUCCAAUCCAUCAGAAAACAGCAUUAUAUAUUGGAGGAAAAGCUGUUACGGUUAUGAGCAGUAAUGCCAAUAUGGCUGCCUCUGGAAACAUCUCGAACAAAGUAAUGGUGUUACCAGGAACAAGCUCGAUCAAUUCUCCUGCGUCUAAUGCGACUCUCAGCUCCAGAAAGAGUUUUGUUAUUAAUGCCGGAGGUGGCCCUCGUGCCGUAACCCUAGCAACUAAGAGCGUACAUGCAAAGAUCAUACAGCCAGCGCAAUUACAAAAGGAGGGUAUACCGGAAACUCCUGCCCCAAUACCGGAUAAGAAGGGCAACGAUCCUACGGACGAGAUUAUCGAACAGCUAGAUGGAGCCGGUGAUCUGAUGAAACUUUCCGAAAAUAAUGCUCAGCCCAGCAGAUCGAAUGGCGAAGAAAGUAAUAUUGAAAACGCUCCGUCGUCGUCGGUAUCAUCGGCUAUUUCUACUGGGCGUGAUACAACAGCACCGUCUAGUGUUCCGGAUAGCAUAAUGGAUCAAUCUGCUGAAAUUGUUGAAGAUGUUUCUGGCGUAAGCAGCACAACAGGUAUAAGGAAUUCGGAAAAUGUUACCGCUGUUGCAACUGAAACUUCCAAGUCUUCCGCAAUGCAAACAAAUUUGGUAAAGCCAACAUCAGCAACCGAUGCCUACAAUCAGCCGACUACUUCUGAGACUGAAGCUGCCGCCAUACUGACCACAAUUAAGUCUGCUGAGGUAUUAGUUUUAAAGAGUAUGGAAAUUAACAAGCAACCUUUCAGUUGUACGACAGGUAGCUCUAAUGCAGAUGUACGACAAAAUGAAGAUAAGAAGCUCGAACAUGAACAAGAAUCCUUGCAGAAUACGCACGACUUUCAAAACGUCGAUGGUUCGCACUUGGACGCUUUGGCUUCAGCUGCAGUUCUGCAAGCUGCCACGGCAGACGCAAUAACAUUGGCGAAUUCUGGCCUAACAACCACAAAAUUGGCAACCUCCGACCUGGCUGUCAAGGAAUUGUUACCACGGACGGAAAGUGAAACGCACUCCAGAAGUAACAAUGUCGCUGAAAUUCGACAAAACAAUAUUCAGGGCAACUCACUUGGCGUCGCUGCCCAAAAAACGUGUCACUUCGAGAGCCAAAAAUGGCACACCGUAGGCGUGUUUAAGGAACUCUCGCACACAGUUACCGGCUAUUUUGAUUCCAGUUGCAUCAGUGAUUCCCUACUUGACGAAAUCGAUGUGGAUAAUCUACCAGAUUUCAGCAAAUUUCCGCGCAUCAAUUUGGAUCCAGGGACGGCCUAUCGUUUUCGACUGAGUGCUAUCAACACAUGUGGCCGUGGGGAGUGGGGAGAGAUUUCAAGCUUUAAAACCUGUUUACCGGGGUUUCCUGGGGCACCGUCGGCCAUAAAGAUUUCAAAGGAUGUCAAAGAGGGCGCUCAUUUAACCUGGGAACCACCGCCAGCGCAAAAAACCAAGGAAAUAAUUGAAUAUUCAGUAUAUCUGGCAGUGAAACCCACUGCCAAGGAUAAGGCCCUGGCCACUCCUCAAUUGGCUUUUGUGCGAGUGUAUGUCGGUGCGGCCAAUCAAUGCACUGUACCCAACGCUUCCCUUUCAAACGCUCAUGUGGAUUGUUCAAAUAAGCCAGCAAUAAUAUUUCGGAUUGCUGCUCGCAACCAAAAGGGGUAUGGACCAGCAACACAAGUUAGAUGGCUACAGGAUCCCUCAACCACAAAACUUCAAACUCCCACUAAUACGCCAAAUUUAAAGCGUGCGCAGGAAAAAACGAAUACUGAAACCGGCAGUGUGGCCAGCUCUUUCUGUUCGCCGCACAAGCGGGGACGCAGCGGAUUGCAGGAUUAACUAACUGAUCGAUAAAAUAGCAUAUUGACUUUAUAUGGGCAUAACGAUCGUGCGAGGAAUUAAAACUCAGUAAUAAUGUUGAUAUUAUUACAGCUUCCCCCUCUACUACAAAAUAAGAUGUUUUGCUUUACGCUGAAUUUAUUUUAAGGGCUGGAUAGAUUUUAUGCAUGUAUAUUAGAGCAGUUUAGGUACUCUAAACGUUUUAAAACAAAAAAAAAAUUGAACUGUAAUUUAUUUAUUGACAAUUGUAAGCGAGCAUUUUUAGUUGAAACUGUUUAAUUUAAAAUGAGUGUUGUGACCUACUAACGGAUUCUUCCCGUAUCCUGUGGAAUUAGGCAAGACGGCAUGAAGAAGAAAUAUUUUUAGGAUUUAAGUCGUAAGGCGUUACAAAAAAUACUACUUUCCCUAAAGCUUAAAAAAAAAUUUUAAAUAUAACAGUUGAAUAAAGUAUUUUUUGAACUAAAAAA